AUUACCUACCGUCACGCGCGAAUUUCAUAUCGGCAUCUUCGGUGUUUAUGGUAUCCAUUGAGGUAGUAGCCGUGGCAUGAUGCGCGUCUGGAUUAGCAUUCGACGAAUCUAACAAGGCUGCCGUACGCUCUCCGGUUAUAUGUCCUCGUCUACUACGUCAUCGAUCGAUUUAAUGCGUUUCCGUCCGGAAUUAUUUCGGGAAUAUCAAACGCAACGGCGGUCGUCCGGGAUACAAGAUACGAAUAAAAUACACCGUCUAUAGGUACGUCCAACUUCGAAGAGGGAAAGGAGGUGGCUUUGAAAGAAGAAAAGAAGCCUCGAAAAGGAAUCGUUAACGACGCUAGUCGAGAAAGUAUGGGAAGGCUUCGAGUCGAUCUUCUUUUCCGACUUUAAUAAUUUUUCCAUUAAUUACACCCUUCGAUCUCGCCGUGAAACUCGUCAGAUAUUCAUGACUCGCUAUUUUCCAUAGAGGGGGAGAGAGAGAGAGGGAGAGAAAGGACGUUAAUUAGCCGACUAUCGAAGACUAAUUCGUGAGGCAAGUGAGAAUAUUGUAGAAAGAAAAUAUAGGAAAGAAUACGUUGCUCGAUGGCUGUGUUUUAUAUUUGAAAAGGGAAGAAAAAGAAAAAUUUUGAGAUAGAUGGUUAAGAGGUAAUACCUUAAUUAAGCGUUGAUCGAGUAUGAAUUUGUUAAGACAUUUUCAAUCUUACACGAGACAUUGUCAAGAUUCUUGAAAAAAGAAAUCGAUAUAUCGAUUCUCGCACGAUUAGCUCGACGUUAAACCAAUUAAUUAGCCAUCGACCGAAGCCAUAUUCCCAAAUCUCUCGAGGAAAAAAAGCAAAAGGAUAGGAACGUAGUGAGUACCUACGUGACUACAUACGAAUGGAAAAAGAAAAAAAAAGGUUAAAUUUCUCCUGGAAAAAUUGCAGUAAGAGAUGCACUGAGAGAGAGAUGCACUAGAGCAGAUUUCGCUCGCUCUCAUAGAAGAAGAAGAAGAAGAAGAAGAAGAAGAAGAAGAAGAAGAAGGCAAACGCUUGCGAGUCGACGCAACCCCCUGUGCGUUUUCUACCCUUCAAGCGGAGCACCAUCUAUCCGAGUACACAGUAGUAGUGUAGUAGUAGUAGUAGUAGUAGUAGUGUAGUAAUAGUAGUAGUAGUAGUAGUAAUAGUGGUAGAGUACAAGGAUGAGAAGGAGCUAAAGGGAGAAGAAUGGUUCGUGAUAGUAGCUGACUAGAAAUGCGCAAGCGCGUGCCUCUAACUCUGUGCGCGAGCGCAUUGGCGGCUCGGCUCGGCUCGGCUCGGCGUCGACGUCGACGUCGUUUUGCGAGAAAAUUGAUUCUGCGCGAAAGAGGAAUACCCAGAGAGCGAGAGAGAGAGAGAGAGCGAGAGAGAGAGAAAGAGAGAGAGAGAGAAAGAUAAAGCAAGAGGGAGAACGAGCCACCAACGAGCCGGGGGUCUUCGCACGCUGACACAGAGACAAACUCGGAGCACGAAAGGACGACACUCUUUCGAGGACGAUCGACGAUCUCACAUCGACAUAUUCUCCCUCUUUUCCUUCGUUCAAGAAAAUCCUCCGAAAGAUCUUUCUAUAUAUAUCCUCCCUCCCACUCCUUCUCUCUCUCUCCCUCAAACAUAAUCUCUUCCUCUCUCUCUUUCUCUCUCUCUCUCUCUCUCUCUCUCUCUCUCUCUCUCUCUCUCUCUCUUAACCAAUCACAUUCAAGUGACUCGAUCGCUAUUAUGUAAGGGGAUGUUACCCUAUCGUCCACCAACGUCGUGUGUUUUCGAGUUCGACGAUAAUCAAAAUCACCAAGAGAGACUAUCUUCUUUUUCGUCCGAGUGUCAAGAAGAUUGAGAAUAAGGAAGUUGAGAGGAUCUCGAGUCUCUCACUCUCUCUCUCUCUCUCGCAAACACUCACUUCUCCUCUCGCAACGAUAUGCGAAGAGACACGGUGGACGCGAGACGAGAGCAACGACGACGAUCGAGCAGAUACCGGGAAUAAGAGAAGUGGACGUGAAUGCGGUCUGUGCGACUCUGCCGAGGAUACUCCUCCUUCGAUGGAUCGAAAAAUUCUCAUCCUCGCUCAUAUCUUGGGAAUCUGUUCUGGUCUGCGAGAGGUCCGUGUCCAGAUACCGACGGCCGUAAGGAAAGGAGACACAGCCUUGCUGAAUUGUUGGUAUGAUAUAGAACAAGACCCGUUGUAUGCAGUCAAGUGGUACAAAGGGGGUCGAGAGUUUUAUCGUUACGCUCCGAACGAGAACCCAGUCGUCAAGACAUUUCCCAAUGGAAACUUGACGGUAAAGAAAUCGGAGAGCAACGCGACGCAAGUAGCAUUGACCAAUCUCGAGCUGGAUGCUGCAGGCUUGUACAGCUGCGAGGUAUCCGCGGAUGCACCUUCCUUCCACACGGCCAUGAUUUCGGCCACCAUGAACGUCGUCGAAUUACCCUCUCAAAGGCCUUCGAUACACGGACUAAGGAGGAAAUACCGGAUCGACGAUAGACUUCGUUUGAACUGCACAUCCGGACGUAGCAAGCCGGCGGCCAAUCUUACCUGGUACAUCAACGAUCGACAGCCGAUUCCAUCCCACGUGAAAACGUACAGUCCGUUGGACACGAACGAGUCCGAAUGGCAGGUGUCCCAGAUCGGCCUUCAAUUUCUCGUGACGCACGACCACUUCGUGAACGGCAAGCUGAAAAUACGUUGCAGCGCCUCGAUAUACGACAUUUAUUGGCAGAGCACGGAAGUGAGCGCCGAGGAGGAUCGCCCAAGGGUUAUACACUAUGAACCUGCGGCGACUAUAGUUGGUAUCAACUAUCUUCAGCCACCUCCGAAUUUUCAAACCGGCCAGAGGAAGCCCGAUGGUCAAGUUGGCGUGAAAGGUGACUUUUACUCUUUGUUGUUAUACCUUUCUGCGGUUCGAAGAAAGUACGUAUCACGUUGCAUUAACGAACGAUAUACUUUAAGUACUCGGCUCGUCGGCGAUGGCACUGGGAUCCUCGUCGAGUCUCCGAAUACUUUUGGAAUUGUUCGUGUUUCUCCUAAUUGCCAUUCGUUAACCGUAUGAUAUUAAGCGCGCGCUUUGGAGCUCUUUAUAUAUAAAGAAAAAGAAAAGACAAAAAAAAAGAAAGAAAGAAAGAAAGAAAGAAAGAAAAAAAUAAAAUAUUCGACGUGCUUGUAAAGAGAAACGAGGAUUGUGCUUAGCGGCAACCAUAAUUCGCGACUUCUCUCCUGUCGUGAGAGAGUGGGGCAGGUGCAAAAGAUUCGGGCGCACAUAACGAAAUCUCUGGACACGUCGGAAAGGCCUAAAAAAAAAAAAAAUAGAAGAAGGGAUUUGUGAAAAUGAAAAUUAUGAAAUCGCCGUCCUCGGCAAAGACGUAGAAAAAGAGAUAUCUUCUGAAAUUGAUUGAUUCGAUCGACGAACGUCCGAAGAUGGUGCUGCGGCUUUUUUUGGUUCGUCGAAUUCUCGAAACGAGAAGACAACUGAAAGAGCAAAGAGGAAAAAGUAUAUAGAAAGGAAAAAGAGAUAAAAGAGAAAAAAAAAAAAGAAAAAAAAAGGAAAAAGAAAAAAAGAAAGAAAAAGACAUAAUGAAACAAUGUAUUUUAUUAGACUCCGUACUUGCUUCCUUUCGGUGAGAUCCAAAAACGUAUGUCUCCGCGAAUACGUAGGUGUAGUUUUGCGUGAUCGUUAACGCCGCGGUCGUAUGUGAAAUCGAUAUAGUUUUUUUUCGUACUUUUAUAAAACUACAAAAAGAGGGACUAUAACUUAUUAAAAUUAGCGUGGCUCUAUGCAUACGUAUACAUAUACAUGUAUCGGUACGUAUAUGUGUGUGUGUAUAUAGCUAUGUACGUAUACAACAUAUAUUAUAUACAUAUAACGACACACAACGUUCACACUCGAGCAUUCACGUAUACAAUGUACUCUUUCUCCGUACGAUUAUCUCGAUGGUAUGCGAAAGGGAAGAAGUGGCAAAAAUAAAUAAAAAAGAAAAAAAAAGAGAAACAAGUAUGAAAGAAGAGGCA